GUGUACGUCGUGUGAGGGAGACUGCAGUGAACGUCAGGGACGAACUCGACACGCAAGAACAUGUGCUGGACGAUAUCGACAGUGGCAUGACGCGGGCGCAGAUGCGUCUGGAAAAUGUGGUAAAGAAGACUUCUAGACUGUUAGACUCGGCCAGUGACCGUAAGAAGAUUAUUUGUAUUGUGGUUUUGGUGAUCAUUCUUAUAGUGCUUAUCAUGUUCGUUGUGCAAUAG